UUAGGCUUCAUAACCUCACCUGUCUUUAAAAACAAUAUUGUUAGAAUACGGUUUAGGUAAAUCGCAUUCCUUCCAUCAUUCAAAAACUGGUGCUUCAUAUCAUAAUCAUCCCAGUUUCAUAGAUAACUGCCUGACUUUCCAUGUCACUGGGAUAUACCUAAAUGACUGACCAUUUUGACAGACGACUGGCAAAUUAUGAGCGUAACCCUCUGAAACUGUAUCUCAGUAUGCACUUCUGUCUGUGGUACCACUUCUCAAGAAAGCUAAAAGGAGACAAGCGCGUCCCGCAGCACAGAAUAACUGUCGUGCACGCGCAUCUAUAGAUGGAUGCUGGUCUUCUUUCGGAGACUGAAGACGGGAUACCUUCCACGUUCGUCGCAGUACAUUAAAAUUUGUUUCUAAAACAUAUGGAUAUGUCGCUUUGUGCCAGACGUUGCUGGAUUUGUGCCCGCUGUCGGGACACUUAGCAAAGGGUUUUAAGGGGUCGUCUGGGUGCCGCAGGGCCAAAAUCUGAAACAAAAGAUUUUGCACGCAUUAAUAUGGUGUUUCUAAUGGGAAGGUGGUAAAAUCAAACUCUAGUCAACAUGCUGAAACGAAAGCAGAGUUCACGGGUGGAAGCUCAACCUGUUACAGACUUUGGUCCUGAUGAAACCUUGGCAGACAGUGCAGAUAUUCUUUGGAUUAACAAACCAUGGGUGCACUCCUUGCUUCGUGCUUGUGCUAUCUUCAGUGUAAUUUCGGUCUGCAUGAACACCCCCAAGACGUUUGAGCACUAUCCUCCUCUUGAGUAUGUAACUUUUGCCUUGGACACACUGUUAAUGUUUCUCUACACAGCUGAGAUGAUAGCAAAAAUGCAUAUCCGUGGCAUUGUUAAGGGUGACAACUCCUAUGUGAAAGACCGUUGGUGCGUUUUUGAUGGAUUCAUGGUAUUCUGCUUCUGGGUGUCCUUAGUAUUACAGGUAUUUGAAAUUGCUAAAAUAGUUGACCGGAUGUCACCCUGGAGAAUGUUGCGGAUCCCCAGACCACUUAUUAUGAUUCGAGCUUUCAGAAUCUACUUUAGGUUUGAACUGCCAAGAACCCGGAUAACAAAUAUAUUAAAGCGAUCUGGAGAACAAAUCUGGAGUGUGUCAAUUUUUCUCCUGUUCUUUCUUCUAUUAUAUGGAAUUCUUGGUGUUCAAAUGUUUGGAACAUUCACCUAUCAUUGUGUGACAAAUGACACCCAACCAGGGAAUGUAACUUGGAACAAUUUAGCUAUCCCAGAUACUCAUUGCUCACCAGAAGGAGAAGGAUACCAGUGCCCCCAGGGGUUUAAAUGCAUGGACCUUGAGGACCUUGGACUCAGCAGACAGGAACUGGGCUACAGCGGCUUUAACGAAAUUGGAACAAGUAUAUUUACAGUGUAUGAAGCUGCUUCACAGGAAGGCUGGGUGUUCUUGAUGUACAGAGCAAUUGACAGUUUUCCCCGUUGGCGUUCCUAUUUCUAUUUCAUCACCUUAAUUUUCUUCCUUGCCUGGCUUGUAAAGAAUGUCUUUAUUGCAGUCAUCAUAGAAACAUUUGCUGAAAUACGAGUUCAGUUCCAACAGAUGUGGGGAUCCCGAAGCAGUACAACAUCAACUGCUACUACUCAGAUGUUCCAUGAAGACACUGCAGGAGGCUGGCAACUAGUAGCUGUUGAUGUGAACAAACCACAGGCUAGAGCUCCAGCUUGUCUGCAGAAAAUGAUGAGGUCUUCAGUUUUCCAUAUGUUCAUUUUGAGCAUGGUUGCUGUGGAUGUUAUUGUGGCUGCUAGUAACUACUACAAAGGGGAAAGUUUCAAGAGACACUAUGAUGAGUUUUAUCUUGCAGAGGUUGCUUUUACUGUCUUGUUUGACUUGGAAGCCCUCCUAAAGAUCUGGGGCUUAGGAUUCACCGGAUACAUUAGCUCAUCGCUUCACAAAUUUGAACUGCUUCUUGUGGUUGGAACUACCCUGCACAUUUAUCCAGAUCUCUACCAUUCUCAGUUUACAUAUUUUCAGGUGUUAAGGGUAGUUCGUCUUAUAAAAAUUUCUCCUGCUCUGGAAGAUUUCGUGUACAAAAUCUUUGGACCUGGAAAGAAACUUGGAAGUUUGGUAGUCUUUACAGCAAGCCUUCUGAUUGUGAUGUCAGCCAUCAGUUUACAGAUGUUUUGCUUUGUGGAAGAACUAGAUCGCUUUACCACAUUUCCAAGGGCCUUCAUGUCCAUGUUCCAGAUUUUAACACAGGAAGGAUGGGUGGAUGUUAUGGAUCAAACACUUAUUGCUGUGGGACACAUGUGGGCACCAGUAGUUGCAAUAUAUUUUAUCCUCUAUCAUCUGUUUGCUACUUUGAUUCUUCUUAGCUUGUUUGUUGCAGUCAUCUUAGACAAUCUGGAGUUGGAUGAAGACCUGAAAAAACUUAAGCAGUUGAAACAAAGUGAAGCCAAUGCAGAUACCAAAGAAAAGCUCCCACUUCGUUUGCGUAUCUUUGAGAAAUUUCCAAAUAGGCCUCAAAUGGUGAAAAUUUCCAAGCUGCCUUCAGAUUUUACUGUUCCACGAAUAAGAGAAAGUUUUAUGAAGCAGUUUAUUGAUCGUCAGCAGCAGGAUACAAGUUGUUUGUUACGGAGACUCCCAUCUGCAUCUUCAUCAUCAUGUGAUCAUUCAAAAAGGUCUGGAAUUGAGGAAAAUAAAUACAUGGACCAGAAGUUACGGAAGUCUGUGUUCAGCAUCAGAGCCAGAAAUCUUUCAGAAAAGGAAGGUGCUGUGAAUAAAAUCCUUAGAGCCUGUACAAGACAACGCAUGCUGAGUGGUUCGUUUGAAGGUCAGCCUGCAAAGGAAAGAUCAAUACUUAGUGUCCAGCAUCAUAUUCGCCAGGAGCGAAGGUCACUUAGACACGGUUCCAAUAGCCAACGCAUAAGCAGAGGGAAAUCUCUUGAAACUCUGACACAGGAUCAUUCCAGUACUGUAAGAUACAGGAAUGCUCAGCGUGAAGACAGCGAAAUAAAGAUGAUUCAAGAGAAAAAGGAACAAGCUGAAAUGAAAAGGAAAGUACAGGAGGAAGAAUUAAGAGAAAACCAUCCGUAUUUUGACAAGCCUCUUUUUAUAGUUGGACGAGAACAUAAAUUUCGAAACUUUUGCAGGCUAGUAGUUCGAGCUCGUUUCAAUGCGUCCAAAACUGACCCAAUUACUGGUGCUGUGAAAAAUACCAAAUAUCAUCAACUGUAUGACUUAUUUGGACUAGUAACAUACCUAGACUGGGUCAUGAUUAUUGUUACUAUCUGCUCCUGUAUUUCCAUGAUGUUUGAAUCUCCAUUUACAAGAGUUAUGCAUGUGCCAACCUUACAGAUUGCUGAAUAUGUGUUUGUUAUUUUUAUGAGCAUUGAACUCAACUUGAAAAUUAUGGCAGAUGGAUUGUUUUUCACUCCAACAGCAGUCAUCAGGGAUUUUGGAGGAGUCAUGGACAUAUUUAUAUACCUUGUGAGCUUGAUUUUUCUCUGCUGGAUGCCUCAUAAUGUUCCUGCAAAAUCAGGAGCUCAGCUGCUAAUGGUUCUGCGCUGUUUAAGACCACUACGUAUUUUCAAGCUUGUCCCCCAGAUGAGGAAAGUUGUACGAGAGCUUUUCAGUGGCUUCAAGGAGAUAUUUUUGGUCUCAAUCCUUCUUCUUACAUUGAUGCUUGUCUUUGCAAGUUUUGGAGUACAACUUUUUGCAGGAAAACUUGCAAAAUGCAAUGAUCCACAUAUUAUAACAAGGGAAGACUGCCAUGGCAUAUUCAGGAUAAAUGUCAGUGUUUCCAAAAACCUGAAUCUCAAAGUAAGACCUGGAGAGAAGAAGCCUGGAUUUUGGGUCCCUCGUGUCUGGGCUAAUCCACGAAAUUUUAACUUUGACAAUGUGGGAAAUGCUAUGCUGGCUCUGUUUGAAGUGUUAUCAUUAAAAGGAUGGGUAGAAGUACGAGAUGUUAUCAUUCAUCGUGUUGGACCUACACACGGAAUAUAUAUACACGUUUUUGUGUUUCUUGGUUGCAUGAUUGGCUUGACCCUUUUUGUUGGAGUAGUCAUCGCUAAUUUCAAUGAAAAUAAGGGUACAGCACUGCUGACUGUUGAUCAAAGAAGGUGGGAAGACUUAAAAAGCCGGUUGAAAAUUGCCCAGCCUCUUCAUCUGCCACCACGACCUGAUAAUGAUGGCUUCAGGGCAAAAAUGUAUGAUAUCACCCAACAUCCAUUUUUUAAAAGGACAAUUGCUGUGCUUGUUUUGGCCCAGUCUGUGCUUCUGUCAGUAAAGUGGGAUGUUGAUGAUCCUGUGACAGUCCCCUUAGCAACAAUGUCAGUUGUCUUCACUUUCAUUUUUGUUCUAGAGGUAACAAUGAAAAUGACUGCAAUGUCUCCUGCUGGCUUUUGGCAGAGCAGAAGAAAUCGAUACGACCUGCUAGUGACUUCGCUUGGUGUUAUAUGGGUCAUACUUCACUUCGCUUUGCUAAAUGAAUAUACAUACAUGAUGGGCGCCUGCAUAAUUGUGUUCAGGUUCUUCUCAAUCUGUGGAAAGCAUGUUACAUUAAAAAUGUUGCUGCUGACUGUGGUUGUCAGUAUGUACAAGAGUUUCUUUAUCAUAGUUGGAAUGUUCCUCCUGUUGCUGUGCUAUGCCUUUGCCGGAGUGGUGUUAUUUGGCACUGUGAAAUAUGGGGAAAAUAUCAACAGACAUGCAAACUUUUCAUCUGCAGGAAAAGCCAUUAUGGUACUGUUUCGAAUCGUAACAGGUGAAGACUGGAACAAGAUAAUGCAUGACUGCAUGGUACACCCCCCUUUUUGUACUCCAGACAACCACAGAUACUGGGAGACUGACUGUGGAAACUAUGCAGGUGCACUGAUGUAUUUCUGUUCCUUUUAUGUCAUCAUUGCAUACAUCAUGUUAAACCUACUCGUUGCUAUAAUUGUGGAAAACUUCUCUUUGUUUUACUCUACUGAAGAAGACCAGCUUCUUAGUUAUAAUGACCUUCGGCAUUUUCAGAUUAUUUGGAAUAUGGUUGAUGACAAGAGAGAGGGUGUGAUCCCCACAUCUCGUGUAAAGUUCUUGCUGAGGUUAUUACGUGGAAGACUAGAGGUUGACCUAGAUAAAGACAAGCUUCUGUUCAAACACAUGUGUUAUGAAAUGGAAAGACUACAUAAUGGUGGAGAUGUUACAUUUCAUGAUGUCCUAAGCAUGUUAUCAUACAGAUCUGUUGAUAUUAGGAAAAGCCUUCAGCUGGAAGAAUUGCUUGCUAGGGAACAGCUGGAAUACACAAUAGAAGAAGAGGUGGCUAAGCAGACCAUACGAAUGUGGCUUAAGAAAUGCCUGAAAAGAAUCAGAGCAAAACAGCAACAGUCUUGCAGCAUCAUCCAUAGCCUUCGUGAAAGCCAACAGCAGGAACUGAGCAGAUUUCUAAAUCCUCCUAGUAUUGAAACUACCAAGCCAACUGAGGACCUGAAUGCCAACAAUCAGGAUGAAUCGCAGCCACAGACAAGUAGCCAGCAACAGCUGCUAAGCCCCACACUUUCAGACAGAGGAGGAUAUCGUCAGGAUUCUACAGACACUGGAAAACCUCAACGGAAAUUUGGUCAGUGGCGCUUGCCUGCAGGUGAAUUAUUGGGGAACUCGUGCUCUACAUCUAUGGGUUCCAGAACAACCCCUCCGAGCUCAGCAGAGACUGGAGAAGAGUGUCAUUCUGAAGACGCACUAGCUCCCAAACCAAUCAGUCAUUCCAUAUCAUCUGUGAACUUACGCUUUGGAGGACGUACAGGCAUGAAAUCAAUGGUGUGUAAGAUGAACCCCAUGUCAGAUGCUGCAUACUGUGGCUCUGAAGUCAAGAAAUGGUGGACUCGACAACUCACAGUGGAAAGUGAUGAGAGCGAAGACGACCUUUUAGAUAUUUAGACACAUGAAGAAUUACAUGAGGAUAAUUCUUAUUUAUGCAUCGAGUUUAGAGUUCUGGUACACUCAUUUCUAUUAUUUUUGUUCUUACAUAUUUUCUUUAGUUUCUACUUAAAAGUCAAAAUUAAAUUCAAAGAAGAAAGCACCAUUAAUUAGGUGUUCCAUUAUAUUAUAUCUCUCUAUUUCUAUGUCUAUGUGCAUCCAUAGAUGUAUAAAA